CUGUGUGUCGAGUUCGGAAUUUUACAGUGUAAAGUAAAGGAGGAGUUUAUUUUCAUGUGAUUAAUAAUUUUGUAAACUAGAUUAAACACUAAGUAAACAACAUGGAAGAACCUUCUACCAAAGUUUAUACCCCACACUUGAAGCGGGUUUUGAAAAGUUAUCAGGAAGCUGCACUGGCUAGCUUGCAGGGGCCUAACACGUUCAUGGCUACGUGGAACACUGAAGAGACCGCGGAGAAGAUCGGAUGUACGACGGUACAUCCGAAAGAGAAAUCAAUCGUAGGAAAUCUUUCGGAAAAUAGAGUGGCGGUUUCUCCUGUUGUUGUACGAUCUGAAUCAGAAGAUCCAAAUGAAACGUCUGGAACUGAUUAUGACCCUUUUUUGAUGCCUCCGCCUUUCCCCAUUCAGUUGCCGCCGAUUUUCACACCACCAGACCGCAGUCGUUGUGAGAGAUCUGAAACUAGUUUAAAAGAAGAAACCAUUUCUUGCUUCAGUAUUGGAGGCGAGAAGCGACUCUGUUUGCCGCAGAUCUUGAACACUGUUCUCAAGGAUUUUAGUUUACAACAAAUCAACAGUGUUUGUGACGAACUGCACAUUUUCUGUUCUCGCUGCACUCCAGAACAGCUAGAGGUUCUCAAAGUUACAGGCGUUUUGCCUCUUAGUGCCCCAAGUUGUGGUCUCAUCACAAAAAGUGAUGCCGAGAGGUUGUGUGCAACUUUGCUUUACACGGUUUUACCAAAUUCCGAAAUACGCGGAAAACAUUUGUUAAAAUUCCGUGUUGCACACCGGUGUUUCGGAAAAUGUAUAGGAGUGCUUGUUCCUGACCUCUACACAACACCUUAUGCAAAGUGCAUUGAGUGCACGGAAUGCUAUGGAGCUAUGAAUCCAGAGGUCUUUGUUUGCCACGCACACCAUUCAAAAGAAAAUCGCACAUGCCACUGGGGCUUUGAUUCUUCUAAUUGGCGAGCUUAUGUAAUGUUAUCCAAUGACGAGGAAGAAAAAGAGAAACUUCAACAACAUUUGGAAGAUGUUAAAGCCAGAUUUGAACGCACACAAAGCCGGAAGAGAAAGCAGAUGAUAUCCGAAGACAUGGGAUUCCAGAAAAAAACGAAAAUUAAACAAUCACUUACAUACCCGUAUCUGCCCGUUACCUGGGAAUCAGCCUUAGCCUACCUCCAUACCGGGCCCACGUGUGCUUCCUCGCCCGUGUUAUCUUCCUUCAGCUCCUGGCCAGCAUCUACUGGAACAAAAGUUUUAUUACAACUAUCUCCAAACGUGUCGUACUGCAUAGAGAGCAAUUCUUCAGCCUACCUAACAUCAGAAAGAUUACAACAUGAACCAAGUAUUCAUAGGAGUAGUCCUGAAGAUGAAUCAGAAAACUAUCAAAAACACCAUGAUCCUACACAGUCUCCAUCAUUGUUCCCACCACAUGCAAAAGAACAAAAACAAAUCAAGAAAGAACCUUCAUGUGGAAGUGAUUGGGAGUACAACACUUCCUGUAUGAGCAUGUUGUUAGAUUCAGAGGAACUGUCAUCAAUGAGUACUUCCUUAAAAACAAUUAAAGUGGAAACAAAGACAGAGGAACAGCCAUUAUCCAGUGAAAAUCAGCAAUCAGCUGAAGGUGUAGAUGUUAGUAGAGAGCUAGAUGAACUUAGUACAUUACUUCAAAUUCAUCAUCUACAAGCAGAUGCACAGGAGAAGAUUAUGUCCAAGGUAGAAAGUAUCAUCUCAAAGUACUGUUCUUAUUUGGCUAAGACCAUUCUGAAACAUCAAUGCUUGCAGGAGGAAAUGGAAAUUGAGAAAAGUACCAAUUUAGAGAAGCUUAUUCAGCUACAGACCAUCAACAGAAUCCUAAACAGGGAACUUCUGGUUCUGAAAAACCAGUAUCACAGUAUCAGAGAGGAUGAUAACAUCAUUAAAGAGGAAGAUAGUAAAGAAAUUGGUAAGAUGAUAAAUUCAGAAAGCUACUUUUGUAAAGAUUACUCUGCUCUUAUAAACCAGAACAAAAUUCUUCAGGAACAGUUGACUGUUUUACAGCAGGAGGUUAUGCAAAUGAAAGAAAAUCUUGUGCCAAAACCAGUGCACACAGUGAGCAACAGAGGCAAUGACAGUGGGCCUCUUACUCCUGAUUCUGGAAUAGAAAGUUUUACUGCAGAAACUAAGUAUCCACACACUGAAGAUUCAGGUAGUAUCCCCUGUGACAAAGACUGAAGUACAUUUGACAUACAAUAAAAUGAGUCUUAAAAAAACAGGGUAAUAUUAUGAUAUGAAAGCUAGUUAGCCAUCAGGCUUGCUAUAAAUAGAGAAAACAAGAUUUCUUUCACAGAUCCCUCCUGAAGCUCUUGAGAUUAAGGUUUCAAGGUGUUUGAUUUUAUGUUCCAUUAUGUCAAUACUCUCUACUCUCAGGAAAAUUCUAUCAUUUCUUUAACAAAUGAAGCUGCUUUGUCACCAAUGUUGUACAGACCAAACAUCUACCUUCAGCAGUUUGAAAUUUGCUAUUAUAUCAUCUUGCCUUUCAGUAUUGUAUGUCAUCAUUAGAAACUUUCAGUUUAAAGUAAUUCUGCCAUUUUUUGGACAGAUGAAUUUUGUAUAUCAUUAGUAUUGUUCAGACUAAACAUUUAUCUUCAUUUGUUUCAAAUUUGCUGUUGUUUACCAAAAGCAGGGACUUACUAGAUGUGUAAAGGAGGUUUGAGUUACAGAUGCUUGCACAUACUUUUCAACCACAACUUCCAUAAGCUAUCUUUUGAUUUUUGUUAAAAAAAAAGUUGUCUAAGUAUGAUCUGUUGUUAAAAAGGUUCUUAGUUUAGACAUUUUCAUGAUACAUAUAUAUAUAUAUAUAUAUAUAUUGAUUAGCUGCUUGUAUAAUAUAACUAUGUAUAUAAGUGUGGUACAAAAUGUUUUGCUGCAUAUGUUAAUGUAUUUGUAAUUAUAAUUCUGAUCAAAGAGGAUAAUUAUUAUAUAUGUUCUAUUUAAUGUGUCUUAAACUUUGUAAUAACAACUAGUAACACAAAGUUACUGGACUUUUCAUUAUAAUUUGAAUUUUUUACCAAGAAAUGCCCGUAAUAUGUUUUGAUUCAUUCAAUUUCUGAUUCCCUUUGUGAUCAUUAGAAAACGAAUAAUUCAGUUUUAUUUAAUCAAUAUUUUUUAUUGUUUAUAAGGAAAAGUAAUUUUGUUUAAGGUAACACUGGAAUUGUUACUUCUCAAACCUAUAUUGUACAUAUUGUUGUGCUUGACUGAACCUUUACUGUAUCUUCGUUUGUGUUGGUCUUAAUCUUGUAGCGAAGUUAGUGGCAUCUUUUAGCAAAGCCUGUAGAUCAUACAUAGGGUUAUUAUUGCUUUUAGUUAAAUAUGUAGAGUUUGUCAAGCCUGUACUGUAUUGUGUGUUAUACUUAUAAAUUUUGCUAUACUUACGGUUACUGUGUAAAUAACAUGGGUUCUCAACUUUCAUAUCAGAUACCCUACAACACCUAAGAUUGUAUUGUAUCUCUUAUUAGUCUCAUAUUGUCACUUGACGUUAUGCUACUGUGUUUAAAGAAAUUGACGCUUACUGAAACGCACUAUGAUAAGAUGUAUCAAAUGUUGCAAUUUGUAGAACAUUUGUGCGUAUAUGGCUUUGUUGUGGAACUUGAGGGAAUAGAUUAGACCUACUUUACAGACUCGGUGUGUUUGAUGCAGGGUGAAAUAAAACUGAAAUAAAAAAUACAAAUUAUUUUAAGAGUCGUUUAUUGCAAACUGUAACGACGUUGAUGAUCGUUACAAAACUAAGUUCGUUUAAAGGAACACAUAUGGAGAAAUAGUCAGUUUGUGCUUAUCACUAUAUGCUGUUCAAAGCUGAAGCCUACUGCGAUCACGUGCAAAUAUUAGUGAAAGUAUUAGCAUAAGGACAUUGUUAGCAGUUCAAUUUUGACACGUGAAAGUGCUCUCAGAGAACGUGAUUAACGGAAACAAAAAAUACUUAGUUACGGAGAAGGCUUUAAAUGCAGGAACUAACAGUCAAUUUGUAGUUUGUAAGUUGUUUCACACGUUUAGGAAAAAAAAUGUUUAAUAUAAUUUGAAAAGUGCGUUUUGAUCUAAAAGUGUUUUUAAUAGAUUUUAUGGUGUUUCAAAUUAUUUAAAAAUUUUUUGAAUUUAAUAGCACGAGAAGGUUGCUGUUUAAAGUGGGUUUCUUCAUAUAACCAUUUCCAAGGUACAAAAUGUUUUUUUUUUAUUUUCAAGUUUAAGCGAUAUUGUUUAAAGUUGUCUGUAUAGAAAUAAGUGCACAUGAGGAACAUGGCUCAGCAUUUGAUUUAAAAUUAUUUGGCCCAGUUUCAUUUUAUUUCUUAGUGUGUGUGUGUAUAUACAUAUAUAUAAAUCGGUGCACGUAAAUUAGUUGAUAGGUUUUCAAUAAACGACACUUUAUCUAUCCUGUAGUUUUGUUUAAAAGGUUCCGACUAGUCUCAUAUAACGGAAUAGUGAAGUUUUGUAUACGUUAUUUUAUUUUAUUUGUAUCUGCUGUUGAGUCAGAACAUGAAACGUAGCUAUUGAAUCAGCAAAAAUUAUCUAAUAUACAAAUAUCUGCAAGGAAAAUGGAUAAAUGUGAUCGUCCAGGUGUUACAAGACAUGGUUUGAGUGUAUAAUCUCAGAAUACAAGAAAUCAUGACGAUUAAAAGGAUCCGAAUAUAAAUUUGAUCGAUUUAUUACCACUUAAACUAUGGAUAAUCUGGGCUUUACCGAAUCUUUUGAAAAUGUUGCUGAAAGAAAGCUUUCGUGGAUAUAUUACAUGGAUUAGAAAACAAUGUUAUUAGUGUGUUUGCGAUUAACUUUUACUUUGUCAUUUUCAUUUUUAAAGCUUGCUAAUACUUUCAAUAUUGAAAUAGUUAGUGCAUGACGCCGUACUGAUUCCACGUAUUGUAACGAGUGACCUGGUAGCUUACGUAUAUAUACAUUCUUGGGCUUACAUUACCUGAAAAUGUUAGUGUGCAACCGCUUCCAUAUAUUUUAAUUCCAUUUUAAUAAUAUAGACGAAUUAUAAAUUAUAAUAUGGUUGAAAAGAAACAAGGUUUCAAUUUACACACGUUUUUAUGACUCUUGUAGUGUCAUGUGUGUCGGUAAUAUUACCUUUAAGAAAUCCAGGUUAUACAGCGCUAUUAUUUCCAUUUUACACAUAUCUAAUGCUGACAUAUUUAUUGAAAUAUAUCUUAAAAUGUAUUCGUCAUUAAAAAGAUCCCUUGAACAAGUACAAUGAUGAAUUAUAACAGUAACUAAACAUAAUAGACUGUCCCUGACUCACCUGGGUGGAAGUGAAUUAAUUAAACUUUGGGGUGAUAAAAGAACAAGGUAAUCGUAAUAAACCUAACAUUAUCUUAUAUUCUCUAAAACAUUUGAUGCUUAUUGAAUGGGCAUAAUUGUUUCUUAAUCCCAACAUUGUAUUGGACGAAUGUCCAGUUCAAGUUACUUUUUCGUCUCAUGCUUAGCAGAUGACUAAUACUUCGCAGAAACCAUGUUAUGUUUUGUAAGCGGAUUUCCAUUUGAAAUAAAUUUAUCCUUUUUGAGAUAUGAAAAAUAUUUAUUUUUUAAUAUUAUUGUUUCGUAUUAGGUAUGAAGCUUAUGUUUCUGAAGCUAUUCACUAGAUGGCGUUAGAUAUUAUAAUGUCCUUUAAUCGUUCUUUGUUAGUUUUCUGUGUUUUAGAUUAUUAUCAUUGAAAGUUGAAAUCAUCUAAUUCUUAGUCCACAUAACUAAUACUUUUUAAGUUCUAAUUACCUGUUUCCUUUACUUUUUGUCUCUUCUUAAAGAGCUAAACAAGAAAAUACAAGUUUAUAAAUAAUUUUGUAUUGUUACAUGUGACAUCAAGUUCGCAUGAAGAUUGAAAUGUCAUACAUCGUCCUUUUACUCUCUCAUUCAGUUUAUUAAAUGGUUCAUAUACUAUUUUAGCCCUUUUAUACUUUCGUUUAAAUAUGAGUAACACAAACAUAAUAAAAACCUGUUUGUAUUUAAAUGUGAAAAUGUUGACCACACAUAUUUGCAUUUAUUGUCAUAGAUUACCCAAGUUUAAUUAUUAAUUAGCUGCUAAUUAAUUCAUAUCCAACGUUUUGGUAAUUAAUGUGAUGCCAGGGAAGACUCGAGAACUGUUUGAUGAGGUAAAUAUCAGAAUUCGAUACUGGACCUACUUGUCCGGAGUAAACGAUGUCUGUUCUCCAUUUAGUCUUGAAAUAGUUUGGCAUAAUGGCAAUAUAUCUGUGUUUCUGUCAAAGCAUUAUUUACAACAUCCAUCGUGAAUGUGGAUUCCAAUGCAUUUGAGAAAUAAAAAGGUUAAAAAAAAGGAAUUCAAGAAUAUAAUAGACAUAUAAGACUUUCAAUACCUAUCACACAGGAGGAUAAUAUAAUGGAAUCAUAUUAAAAUAAUAGGAGUUGAACCAUACAACACAGAAAGUUAGAGGGAAAGAAGCCUUCUAUAUCCACCUCAAUGGUAAUUUACUCAGUAAACCCAACAUAGAAGUCAGUAACAAUUGGUUACCUCACUUGAAAUCAUUGAAAUGUUAGUUGCCUAAAGUCCUAAUAGGGGAGAUCCCAGAAGAGUGGCUAGCACAUCAGCCUUUUUUGACAGGAAGCUCUAGAAAUGAAUCCCUUCUCAGUUCUUCUCUGAAAUUGGAACUCGACUGACAGCCGAAAUUUAGGAUAUGAGUUAAUUAGAAAUUAAUGUGGAGUAAAAAAGAAAAAACAACUAAUUAAUAAUUGGACUUAGGUGAUCAUUGGUGUAGAUUAUAAGUUCUGUGUUAGUUUCAUUACUUGUGUAUGUAAGAACAUUAUGCUAAUAUAAUAGUUAGUUGACAGAUGACGACUUAUAAGCAUAAUGAAGUGGUUUGAUUUUGGGGUAACAUGUAAUAACCACUUCAUCAUGCUUAUAAAUCGUUGUCUGUCAACUUACUAUUAGUUUCAUUACGUUUAUGUAAGUAUACAUAUUUGUCAAUGAAAAUUCACCCAUCUUUAUUACCAUGCGAGUGGCAUCGGGAUAUUACGCUUUUCAUACAAUUUGGAUAAUUUUUAUCACAGUUAGAAUAUUUUUUUUUCAUUUUUAAAUUAGUAACUGAUAUGCAAAUAUAUAGAGCGUUCCGCGUAAAAGAUCGUCUAGGUGCGAGCUUUUAUAAGUAUGUUUCCAAAGUUAAUCUCUCUUAGUUAAUAUGAUAAUAUGUUGGCCACUUUUUUCAGCUAUUUAUUUUAUGAUGUUAUAACUCAUAUAAUACUGUUAGCCAAAUAAUGUUGAUAUAUGCUGUUACCAAUGCCAUCAUUAACGUAGUACAAAUUUUUUAAUCCGUUAACGUUUUGCCAUGUAUAUGAAAAUGGGUUUUAAUGAAACUUUCUAAUAAUUAUUUUUAUGGUAACAACCAUUUAUUUCCAGUAUAACAGCAUUUCUCUUGUCUCAUAAUGUUAAUACUGUAACGCACUAGUUAUUCCAGAGGUGGCGCUAUGCUACGUUAUUUAACACUGUAGAUUCAUAUGCUACAAUUUUUUCAUUGUUUAUUAUUGAUCGAGGUGCUGUACAAAAAAAAGAUAUAAAUAAAUCUGUUUGCACCAGUGUUA